CUUCAAGGGUUUUCCUCCUCCAUUAAAGAUGAGAAACUUAACCAUUCUAAAUAGGGGGUACAUCAGUACAAUAUCAAAGACCUACCCCGACUUGGAAAUCAUAGACUCCGUUUUCGAUCCAGUUGCCGAUAGUAUAACCUAUGUAUUGUCUUCUGAGGAGUCUAGUCUCAUUGAGGUGCAGCAAUUCACCAAGACAGGACAAGAAAACAUUUUGGCUAGCUUCAAUAUCUCAUCUCCUAUUAGUCCCACUGCCAGAUUGUUGAGCUUCAACCACUUCGUGGACACUUGUCAGCUAGUAUUCGUUUUAGAAAAUGGUGAUAUCAUAUUGGCUACCUAUGAUUCCAUGCAACCAGAUUGUGACACCACCGUCGUGGAGAUAGUCGGCUCAAUUGAUGUUGGAUUGAAUGCGUCCAUGUGGUCUCCAGAUGAGGAAACUUUGUCCAUUUUGACUAAAGAGAAUAAAUUGAUCUUGUUGUCCAGACUAUUCGAGCCAAUUUGUGAAAAGGAGUUGGACUCCAACGAUAUCAAGAUUACUGAUUCUAAGCAUGUGUCUGUUGGUUGGGGUAAAAAGGAGACCCAAUUUAAAGGUAGAGGCUUCAAGGCUAUGGAAAGGGAAAAGGAGGCUACAAAAGAUAAUAAAACCUUGAUAUCAUCAGCUCUUGAAAGGGAAAAGGAUGCAUUGAAGCAUGCUGGAUUAGACUUGAAAGAAGAUGGACCUCUUAAGGAUCCUACCGUUUCUGAAGUCGAAAGAGGUACACUUUCUUCGUUUGAUCCAAUGACCAACAGGAUAAGCUGGAGAGGAGAUGGGGAGUUUUUCGCGGUAACUACAAUUGAGCCUGUUUUAGUCCAGGAUACGGAUGAAUUGUUCGACAGAAGAGUCAUAAGGGUUUUCAGUCGUAAGGGAGAGUUGGAUAGCAUCAAUGAAGCUUGCGAUGGGCUUGAACACAAUUUAUCAUGGAAGCCUCAAGGGUCAUUAAUUGCUACAACUAAGAGGGGAUUGGAUGAAGAUGGUGAUUUAGCAUUAGAAUUGGCUUUCUUCGAGAGAAAUGGUUUGAGACACGGCCAGUUCAAUACCCGACUUGAUCCAGAUUCCGAAACCGUCAGCGAUUUACAAUGGUCCUCAGACAGCGAAAUACUUUUGCUCCAAAUGACAGAUAGGAUUCAAUUAUGGACAACUAAGAACUACCAUUGGUAUUUGAAGCAGGAAAUUUAUGUGGCUCCUCAAGAGCAAAUCAAUUUUGCCAAAUUUCAUCCAGAAAAGCCAUUACACCUCAUGAUUGCGAAGGCAAAUGGUCUUGAAAUCAUUGAUUUGACAUAUAAGAUAGUCAGUGGACCAACUUGCAUAGGCCAAGAUGUCGGUAUGACGUUAGUCACCGAUGGAAAUACUAUGAAGAUUACGCCUCUUGCAAUUGCAAAUGUUCCACCUCCAAUUAGUUUCAGAGAAUUUGAUGUUUCUGGCUCUAUAAACGAUUUGGCAGUUAGUAAGUCGAAUGAAAUUUAUGCCAUCAGCACAAGCAACAGCGAAAUUCACUUGGCUUCUCUUAAACUUGACGAGAUGAAAAAAGGGAAAUCUCCGAAGUUACGCUCCACAAUCAGUAGCGAUUUACUUGUUUCGGAGGAAGGGGAGUUUUUGAAACAAAUUGCUUUUGUUGAAAAUCAAUUUAUUGCAGCCCUUGUGGAUGGACAUGUUAGUAGUAAGAUAGUUCUUUUCAAUAUUGAGAAUUUGGAGGAACCAUUAUUUGAAGAUAUUGUCGAAAUUCCAACCAAGGUGAUCAUAAUCAAAGCACAAGCAAAUUUCGAGGCACUUGCGAUUGAAGGCAUAGAUGGAACCAUUUAUCAGUUGGACCAGCAAAAAAAUUUGCGGGAAGUUGGUAGGUUUCCUCAGUUAUGUCGUGACUUUGAAUUAGUCGUAACAGAAGCACUUGGCGAUCAUGCCACUUCUGCGGAUGAUUAUUUUGAAAAGGUAACUCCUUUUGGUAUCUCUUCAAAUGGUAAGUUGUAUGCCAAUGAUAUCCAAAUUGCAACCGCAGUGACAUCAAUUAAAACAACAGAGUCUCAUUUGCUUUUCACAACAGCGCAAUCUCAAUUGUGCUUUGUUCACUUAUCAACUACCACUGGUGAUUUCCAAAAUGCCGUUUUUCAAUCAACAUCAACCGAAAAUGUCACAGAUGAAAGAAUCAGACAAAUUGAAAGGGGUUCGAUUUUGGUUAAUGCAAUGCCUUCCAACUAUUCAGUGGUUUUAGAAGCUCCAAGAGGAAACUUGGAGACUAUUUGUCCUAGAAUAAUGGUUCUUUCUGGAGUUAGAAAAUUCAUUAAGCUUAAAGAGUUCAAGAAAGCAUUUUUAGCAUGUCGUACCCACAGAAUUGAUCUUGACAUAUUGCAUGAUUAUGACCCACAAUUAUUUUUCAACAAUUUGGAAAAUUUCGUCAACCAAAUCAAGAAUGUUGGUCAUCUUGAUUUAUUCGUAUCGUGUUUGCACGACGAAGAUGUCACUUUAACCAAGUACAAGGAGACGUUGAACGAAAGUGCUGAGAUCAGCGAAGUUUUUGAAAAAUUACAACUCGAACAACUGAGUAAGCUUCAGGAUAGUGCAACAGAACAGAACUCCGUAAAGAAGAUCAUCAAAAACAGAGAAGACAAUAAGGUCUCAUCAAAAAUUAACAAAAUUUGUGAAGGAAUUUUAUCAAUAUUAUUGAAACCUGAAUACUUUGAAACCUAUUUACAGACAAUAAUUACCGCUUAUGCUUGUCAAAAACCACCAAAUUUGCAGGAUGCAUUGAAGCUUAUUGGAUCGUUUGAUAACCAAGACCAAGUUGAACAAACAGUGACUCAUUUGUGCUUUUUACAAGAUGUGAACAAAUUGUAUAAUGUGGCCUUGGGGUUGUAUGAUGUGAAGUUGACGUUGUCUAUCGCACAGCAGUCUCAGAAAGAUCCAAAAGAGUAUUUACCCUUUUUGCAAAAUCUUCAUACUCAACCUGAGCUUAGAAGAAAAUUCUCUAUUGAUGAUCACUUGAAAAAUAAUGAAAAGGCACUUGGAUGGUUGCACGAGUUGGGCUCUGCUAGCUAUGAGGAAUUUGAUGAUUAUGUGGUGAACCAUGAGCUUUACCAAUGUGCUUUGAGUAUCUACAGAUAUGAUGAUUCAAGAUCUAACCAGAUAUACAAAUUAUAUGGCUCUCACCUAGCUGAUAAGCAACUCUACAGCGAGGCCGGUUUGGUAUAUGAAUACCUCAACGAUUUCCAAAAUGCAUUGAAGAAUUAUAUCUCUGCUAAAAGAUGGAGAGAAGCAUUGAGUUUGUUGCAAAGGGCCGAGCUCCAAGAUGGAUUGAGAGAUUCAGCUGAACAAUUGAGCAGCUCAUUAGUGGAUGAUCACAAGUACUCCGAAGCUGCAGAGAUUGAGUUCAAUUUCUUAGGUAACAUAGAGGAGGCAGUUAAGUUGUAUUGUAAGAGUUACCUGUUCGAUAGUGCUAUCUUACUAGCUUCCAAGGAAAAGAGACCAGAAUUGAUUGAAUCAAUUGUCGAUGUUCAGCUUGGUGAAGGGUUUGGUACCAUUGCUGAAUUAUUGGUUGAUUGUAAAAGUCAAAUGACUUCUCAAUUAAGGAGAUUGAGAGAACUCAGAGCCAAAAAACAAGAGGAUCCGUAUGCAUUCUAUGGAGUUCCAAAUGAUGACAUGGAUACUCCAGAUAAUGUCUCUGUUGCGGCCUCAGAAACUUCAACUACACCAUCAUUCUUUACGAGAUACACUGGUAAGACUUCAGGUACAGCAAAAACCGGAGCAUCUAGAAGAACCACCAAAAAUCGUAAGAGAGAAGAGAGAAAGAAAGCAAAGGGAAGAAAGGGUACUAUUUACGAGGAAGAAUAUCUUAUCAAGUCUGUGGGGCGUCUUGUGGAAAGAUUGGAUCAAACCGAAAGCGAUGCAAUUAAAUUGAUUGAAGGAUUAAUUAGAAGAAGCAUGAAGGAACAAGCUUACCAAAUCCAAAAGUCUUGGGUUGAUUUGAUUGACUUCAUAAAAGAAAAUGUGGAUGAGAUUCAUAAUAUGAGUGAGAAGGACAGAGAAAGGGUCGAUGACAAUGGCGAAGUUUACCUCAUUCCUGAAAUUCCAGCACCUAGUAUUAGAGAAUUUCCAAGGAAGAAUAUUUUAGAUUAUUAAUCAUGCUUACGUGCUAAGUUUUACGUAUAUCUUGUUCUAUAGAAACUGUAUAUAUAACAUGAACUUGUUUCACAAUUCCACACCUAUUUACCGGCUGGCCAUCACACAGUAGAAUCAAUAUACAACCUACCUUUCUUGCUUCAACUGUUGUUCAAAUUUCUUCAUUUCGUAGUCGACUACUCUAUAACUGAGUCCUAUGACCGCAUUUUUGGUUGCUUCAGUUAUUGCCUGCUUUUUGCACUUGCUGUAACACAUAUACCGAUGUGGCAUGUUGAUUGCCUCUCCGAUUCCAAAAUCCUCGCUAUGUGCACCAUCUUUCAAAACUACUCUUAUGAUUGCAGAGAACUUCGCUGAGUAUCUACUGUUCUCUUCG